GCAGGAGCUAUAAAGGAAGAGCCUAUAGUCGUUGAGUCAGAUGGAGAGGGUGAAAGUGAGAGAGUGGAGCCAACAACAAUCCUUUUGGAGAAGAUGGAGGACUUGUGGGAGAAAAUGGGCCGAUACCAGCGGAAGCUGGUAGAUAUAUGCGAAGAAGUGAGGGAAUGGAGGGCCAGCAUCCUUAAAGUCUUCCUCUACGAAUCCGGCCCUGAAUCAGUACCUGGACGACAAGGCUACCCUGGAGUAGCCAUUGUAGGAUCAGGGCCUCGGUCUGGAAUGACCUUCAGGCCCCCUACUGCGCAAGGGAGAAUGGCACAAGUUGCGCAAACGAGAGGCCAGAGUAAGGCAAGCGCCAACCGAGAACCUCCUCGAAGGGAGCCGGAGCCAGAACGUAGGAAAGAGGCCGUGGAAGUAGAGGAGGACGACGAAGAGGAAGAGCAAGAUGAGAGGUUGCGCCAAGAGGAGGAUCGAAGGGCGGACCAAAGGGUCAAGAAGAGGGGAGCCCAGGAGGAAGCCGAACCGAUUCUGCACGAUGCGGCGCCGAAGAAAAAGAAGUAUGCGGUCCGAUUGGAGGAAGGGUUCGAUGUAGAGAAGGAUCUUGAUAAAGUCAUGAGCUUGCUUGAGGAGCACAACCUCACGGCAAGUGGAGCCAAAUCCAAACACUGCAUGAGGGAGGCUACCAUCUUAGGGUUCAUCUGUAGUGAAAAGGGUCGUCGACCGGACGUGAAAAAGACGGACAAGAUUAUCGAAUGGUCAGUACCAUUACAUUCGAUAACAGAUGUUAGAAGCUUCCUCGACACCUUUGGGUUCUGGAGGACCUUCAUUAAGAAUUUUGCCGCCAAGACCGAGCACUUGAGGAAGUUGCUUCGUCAAGAUCAGGAAUGGAUCUGGGGUGAGGAGCAGGACAAGGUUGUGGCUAGGAUGAAGAAGGAGUUUCGAGAAGGAGGGUUAGUAUUGGGAGCGUCGGACUAUGACGCUACGGAGAUAAGCUCGUUGAAUCCAACUGAGAAUGGAGAUGUGCUAGAACGCCAGGAUGACGAGUUUGAGGAGGGAGAGAUGAAAGAGGCAUUCCGUGCAGAGGAGUAUGAUGGAAUCUACCUGGAGCUGGGACUUCUCCUAUCAUGGGAGACAGCAGAGGAGAGACGGGCCAGAGUGGGGAAGCGCGUGGAGGAGAUUUGGGAGGAGAGGCAGAGAUUAGAGGCGACAGGAACACUUCCGGAUCAGCCACCUGACGCGCAAAUGUGGAAUGAGUUUUGGGGACAAUAUGGCGAGGGGUUGGCGGCUCCAAAGAAAGCAGGACUCGGGACAUCGAGGACGGCGGAUGAGUACCUGGACCGAAAGAUCCGCUUCCUGGCCAAGGCUUCUUUCAAUAGGUAUUUGAUGUUGGAAGACGAUCUGGCCGAAAAAAAGACGAAGGAAGUGAGUCAUGGAGUGCAUUUGGAGGCGGUUGAGGCAGAGGUCCGAGAGCCCAGGGCAUUGGUGGCUAGCCAAGCUGCCAUUAUCCAGGAUUUGAGACGGCAGCCUCGAGACGUGGCGGCCAGGACAGAAAGAAAGGGACCUACUAGAGUAAUGGACUGGACGGAGAGUGGUCAAUAUGGCAGUCAGGGGAAGUCAGCGCAGGACCUAUGUGAGCAGCCAUCCGUUGCUAGGCCUUCCCAGGGACCGCCCAUGGGGAAGGUUAUCCUAGGGCCAGAGGAGGCAAAGGCGAAGAGGGAGGCAGAGAGAGAGGCCUUUGAGUUCAGGGCACCUACUGAACUCGCCACUUUGCCGACGGCAUCUGUGGAGCCCAUGAGAGUGACUAUGCCAAUGUCAGUCGAGGGAGGACAACAAACAGCUAGCAGCGAGCCGGUUCAGGGUUCAGGGGAGGGGCCUAUGGAUGUGCUCCUGGAGGCGGUUGACACUAUGCAGGAGGGAGCGAGCGCAUCCAUACCCGAGCAGAGGGUGGAUGUUCUUCGUGAGGAGAUACCAGCAACUAUGGUAGAGGAGAUGCCUGAGGGCAGACCGCAGAGACUGGAUACCCCUGAGUACGUCCCAGAAAUGGGUGAACUGAGGAGUGGAUUAGGAUCUUGGGCCACCGGAUCAGGUUCUGGGAACCAGGCCCCUGGAACAGAGCAGCAGGAGGCUAUUACUGAGGUAGUGGGAUCUCCCUCAUCACCACCACCACCGCCAAGGAGAAAGAAGUUCAGAAGGAAGGUUGAUCAACUCUGCUUCUUCGGCAAGGAUGGUGUGCAUUGGGCUCUUGAGUGUCCUAAGUUCCUCAAGGACAAAGCAUCAAGGAAGGUCACUGAGAGUGAAGGAAGGAUGUAUGCUAGACAGGGUACAGUGGUGGAGAGAUCUGCAGAUGGGGGCAGGGCUCAGUUGUAUACGUAAAACCAGGAGGAGAUGAGUGAGUAGGGACUGGUUCACCUAUGUAUUGAUGGUCAUUACGACAUUAUGGGGUUGGGUUGAAUUGGCAUGUUUAGGGUCGGAUAAUUGAACCUACUUUUGCUCUUUUUUUUUUGGCCUUUUUAGGAUCUGGAGUACAUACGCUGUUGGUUGUACAGAUAGGAGAUUACAGCGUAUGAGUGUUAUCGAGUAUUUGUUAGCCACUGAGCUUUUUUCUUUGGGGACAUAAGGACCAUGAAUCAAUGACAUGGCAUGUA